AUGAGCACGAUUACCGUUGGUAUUGCUGGUAUCACGGGCAAAUUCGCCCGUUGCGUGGCAGCCCACCUACUCAAAAACCCACAAGUCAUAAUUAAAGGUUAUUGUCGAGACCCAGCAAAGCUAUCCGCUUCCCUCCGUGCUUCUCCAAGGGUCAAUGUCACCCAAGGCCAAUCCGACGACGAAAAAGCUUUGAGAGCAUUUGCUAAGGGCAAUGAUGUGGUCAUCUGCUGCUACCUUGGCGACCAUAACCUUAUGAUCAAUGGCCAGAAAUCGCUUAUUGAUGCGUGUGAGUCAGAGGGAGUACCCCGCUAUGUAGCCAGUGAUUACAGCCUCGACUUUACGAAGUUGGAGCUCGGAAAACUUCCCGCCAAGGAUCCUAUGAAAUAUGUCAAGCAAUAUUUGGAAACCAAGAGGGUUCAGGGAGUUCAUGUCCUGAUUGGUAUUUUCAUGGAAACGUUUUUCACCACAUUCUUUAAUGUCUGGAAGCCUCGGGAGAAAGCGUUUUCCUACUGGGGAACUGGGGAAGAGAUUUGGGAGUCUACCUCUUACGAUAAUGCGGCCCAGUAUGUCGCAGCUGUUGCCCAAGACAAAGCUGCAGUCGGAGUCCACAGAUUCCUCGGCGACCGUAAAACCAUCCGAGAGAUUGCUAGCGCUUUCGAAAAGCAAUAUGGGGUGAAGCCAUGGUUGCAUAACCUUGGUACUCUGGAUGAACUUCAUAGCUACAUGCACAAGGUCAGAGAAGCUGACACUGAAAAUUCCAUGGCUUGGAUUCCUCCAUUCUAUCAGUACUAUUGCAACAAUGGACAGGCUUAUUUGAACCCAGAAAUUGACCCUUCGGAGCAUACCGAAAUUCCACGCCUGGGGUUCGCCGAUUUCUUUGAGCGCCAUUCCCAGGAAUCUCUUUCUACUGCAGCUUGGGGCGUCGGAUCGGAAAAUUGA